AUGAUGGCAUUGCCCGUGCUCGUGAUGCUAGUGGUCUUCAUGAUUGUGUCGCAGUCCUUUGAGCCUCAUGUGCCUUCGCCGGACCUCGACACCACACCAGGUUUGUCUCCUGCGUUAUCACGCGCUGCCCGAGAACUGCGAAAGAAGCCGCAGUUUGAGCGCAGUGGUAGAAAGUAA